UUAACGAGAUCAGACACACACACAACUUAUCGAGAUGUUCAGUUGGAAGUAGCCUAGGCAACUUCGUUUUAAAGUGUUUUUUUUUCUUGAAUAGACAAUCCGGAGUUCUUCAUUUUAAACCGGUAAUGUUAUUUUAUGACACUUGCUUUGAAAGUAACUGGAACUAGUUUACUUUUAUCUUAAGAAGUAAAGACAAACAAAGCAGCAAGAUGACAGAGGAAGACGAAGGAAGUUUUUCAUAUAUAAAGACUUUUCCUCAAGUAUUUCCUGUAUUUAGAUUUCGUUCUCAAAGCGACACAUCUGCUUUUAAAUCAAGAAUACUGACGAGACUGCGUCAGGCUUGCUCAGUGGAAGGACUGGAAAAAUCUCCUCUGGCCAACUGUGAUGUGGUGGUGGGAAGCUCACAGUCUACUCAGGUGAAAGGAAAGGGCAAGCUCUCUUCUCUGGGGAAAAUCUUUAAACCUUGGAAAUGGAGGAAGAAGAGGACCAGUGACAAGUUCCAGGACCUCUCCAAAGUUUUGGAGAGAAAAAUAUCCACCCGGCAAACUCGAGAGGAGCUCAUAAAGAAGGGUGUCCUUAUUCCAGAACAAGAUGAUCCCUUGAGCACAGAGACCUUGAAUGGCCAUGCAGUGUCCAGUGGAGUUACUGAGAAAGUCAAAGUGGACAUUGAAACACCAGACUCGGUCCCUGAGGAGAAGCCAGAACUUGCACCUGUUACAGAGGACACAGAAGAGAAGAAGGACGGCAAUCUCAGCCCAAAGGCCAGUGAGUCAGGCGCUCCAAAAAUCCCUACUAAAAAACAGCAGGUCACACCCCCAAAACCCUCAGGUGAGGCAUCAGGCACAGGGGUGAAGAGAGGGGGCCAAGCGGGGGCCAAAAAGGUGACCAAGGGCACCACUAAACAGGUGACCGCUCCAUCCAAGCAAACCACCCGAAAUGCCACACGUGGCAAUGCUAAACCUUCGAAUGCUAAGAAAACUGCGGGCACAGCCAAGGUUUCCACUCAGGCUUCAGGACAAUCAUCUUCAUCAACCUGCUCUAAGGCCCCAAAGAACAACAGCUCAGAACUGACAGUAGCACAGCCAAAGUCUGCCAAAAAAAACGAACCCUCCAGGUCUCCACGACCACCUUCCAAAGUUUCGUCUGAGACGGAAAGCUCUAAAAAGGACCAUAGGAAAAAAGAGGUGACCUCCAAUGUUAAUAAGUCAGUUGAGGAGAAAUCCCAGAAUGGGAAGGGUGCGAAGGGUCAUCCUUCUGAACCCUCUUCGGAGCAGGACAAAAAGCAGCCCCCCCAUGUAAAUGAAGAAACUGAGGAAACUUCCUUUACUAGAACUUCAAAUGAACUUUCUGUAGAAACUUCAGAAAAAAAUUUGAACACAGAGAGCGAGACAGAGAAGGAAAGGACGACAGGGGACCAGACACAAAAGACUGAAGAUGGAGAGAAACCACAAUCCGUCAAUGUGGAAAGCCCAGAGGUGACCAUCAUUCCUGACACCAUUAGAGAAAACCAAGCCAAUGAUUCUGAUUCAGAUGGGCCUAUACUGUACAGGGAUGAUGAUGAGGAGGAGGAUGAAGAUGAUGAUGAUUAUUCCAAUAGCUCUCUUGCCAGCAAAAUACGGCGCAGAGACACACUUGCCAUCAAACUUGGUAACAGGCCCAGCAAAAAGGAGUUGGAAGAGAAGAACAUUCUUCCACGGACAUCAGAGACGGAGCGUCUGGAACUACGCCAGCAGAUUGGCAGCAAACUAGUCAGACGGCUGAGCCAGAGGCCGACCACAGAAGAACUUGAACAACGAAAUAUCUUAAAACAGAAAAAUCUGGAAGAAGAACAUGAGGCUAAGCAGGAGAUCAAAAGGAGACUUUCCCGAAAGUUAAGCGUCCGACCCACAGUCGCAGAGCUGGUGGCACGUAGGAUAUUGCGGUUCAAUGAAUAUGUGGAGGUCACAGAUGCAAAAGAUUACGAUCGACGAGCUGACAAGCCCUGGACCAGGUUAACCCCUGCAGAUAAAGCUGCUAUACGUAAAGAACUUAAUGAAUUUAAAAGCAAAGAGAUGGAAGUCCAUGAGGAAAGCAAACAGUUUACUAGAUUUCAUCGGCCCUGAGGCGGUGCCUGCCGGCAGGGGUGCUGGAAGGCUGCUAACUCACAGCUCUCUCUUCCUGUUUCCUCAACAAUGUUUCCUGCUGGGAGACUAACAGACUGGGUCUCUGCGGCUGACGGCUAUUCUCUGGCACAGGCUGCGCUCCCUGCUGGCCGUCUUGUCUUUGGUUAUUGCUUUCAGCCACUGGGGGGCUAUACUGUAGCAUUACUAAAGAUGGACCAGAAAUGCCAUUGCAAGCUGAAAACAGUGAGAGAGAGAGCGAGAAAGACCUUCACAAUAGAUUGAACAAUCCAAGGGUUCUGAUAAUUUUUUUUUUUCAGAUCUUUUAUUUUUUACACUUUUACACUAAGGACAAAACUUGCACUCCUAAUUUAAAAAAAAUAUCCUUGGUAAGGUUUUCAGCGCAUUCGUGGAAAACACGCAGUGACUCAUUCUUGCCACGUUUUUUUUUUUUGUAUAUUCUCCUACAGUAUUCAAUGCUGAGUCCAGUAAUAUCAAUAAAUAUCUGUGCAUGUGAAACAGUUUAUAAGACAUAUUUACCUGUACAUUAAAUGGGCAGCAGAGUCCAGGUUUAUUACUGCCAAUAUUCAUCUGUAUCCCGAUUAAUAUCCUCAAUAUAAUAGAUGUUAUGUAAUCAGAUUUAUGUUGUGCCUUGACAGUGUUUUUGUUUUCCCAAAGUCUGAAUACUUGAUAAACAUUGUAUUUGUACCUGCUGUUUAGGAAAACUAUAAUCAAAUGUUUGACAUAGUCCACAUUAUUUACCUUUCUGUGUAAAGUUUCCUCUUAAUGUUAUCACGGUUUUCCCGGAGGUCCAGUUAACGUGUCAUUGAUUUGGCUUUUAGGAUUGUACAUAAAUUGGCCUGUUUUAUUAAAACAAAGUGGUGCAGAGCCAGAAGACGGUGGUGCGGAAGAUGUGGCAACCAAGAGAAUUUAAUUAAAUAAUCGUUUUAACUUUAAAAUCUGAAAGGGCUUCUCCUCAUGUGAAAAGAUGAGAUUUUAGUCCACAUUGGAAUGUCACAUUUUGGUGCUUUAUGUAAUAUGUGCUUUGUCAAAGAUAGUUUUUUUUUUGUUGUUAAAUAGUUUUUUUUGGGGGGGGGGGCUAGUUUUUAAAUUAUUAUCAAAUCAGUUGUACAGACUGUGUAUGAUAUAUGUGAAUACAUAUAGUAUAUUGCACAAUGGUUUGUUUUCUUUCACAGAACUACACUUUGAACCUGUAUUUACCCUUUUAAUAAGUAAAUAUUUUAUAUAACUGUAAGUAGAUCUGGUACCUCAGAGAAAUCACCAGAAUGCCUUCUGGGCAAUUUUAGAUUUUAAAAUACAUUUAUAUUUAAUCUAUUUGCAAACAUAAGGAGGUGUUUUAUUGAUAUACAUAUGCAUUCACAUGCUGCUCAUGUACAUUCGAAAUCUAUCACGUUUAGAGAGAUAAACAUUUAAACUUUACCUGUAGGAGUCGAGACUUUAAGAAAUCUUACAUCAGAGCUAAAAUUUUGACUUGAGGAAUUCAAUUAUUUUGUAACAGAGUAGGGUAUGUUUGAAAUGUGGCUGUCCUUUUGUAUGUGAGCGUAUCCACGUAAUAAAUGUAAUAUUAAAGUAGAAGAACAGUUAGAAACUACUAUAAAUGUAGAUAUUAUAAAAUGCCGAAAGCCUCUCCAAUCCAAGUAUUAUUAUUAACACAAUUAUUAUAUCUAUGUUUUCUUGGAUCACCAUUUUAUAACACAAACACUGAAUGCACUAGUUUAACAAAAUGUUUGGCCAGUGGACAUAAUGCAGCAAGAACAUCCAGCUGGUUUCAUUUCACUGUGCAGUCAACUGUAAAAGUGCUGAACAAUCUAGAAAAAAGUAGAGAGGAUUUCUUAUGGAGCAAGAUGGUGUUAUUGUGGUGUUGAGCCUUUGAUUUUUAUUAUGUAGUUGUUAAUCAUAAAUGUUAGUUAGAGAGAAUAAUGUCAUUAGUGUAGUGCUCUAGACUCCGUUAUAACUUUAUAUUUAUAAGAUCACAUUAUAUUUGAUAUUAUUUGAUUUGCAGGUGUGCACAAACAUUUAUUUCAUAAAAAAUUACAGAUGUUUUCAUAAAAUAUUAGUCCUUAUGCCAAAAGACUGUAUAAAUGGAUACUGUAUGUGUAAAACAAAUAUCUUAUGUGUAUAGAAACUGUACAAUGAGCUAGUUUAAUAGUAGCUCUAUUGUCAUACAUGCAUAAAAUAAUACUUAGAUUUCUAUUUUGUGUUUAAAGGGAUUAUUAUAACAUGCAAUUCUUGUAAACGAUCAAUCAAAAUCCUGUUAUUAUAGUGCAUGCUGGAUGUUAUUCAAAAAUGUCUAUGUGCGUAAGUGAACAAAAACACAGCUGGUGUGAUCUUGAAUUGUUUCUUUAGUCACCCACAAAAUUAAUUGUACUAUCAACAUAUCUGUUUUGCGCUUUGUUUGAACUCCCUCACCCCAAACCUAACUGAAAGACUUGUGUAAAUGUAUACUGAAUAUAUUAAGAGCAAAUAUUUUUUAUAUUUUUUGGUUAAAUCUACGGUUGUAUGUGACUUUAUGACUGGGAUGCAGGUGACAGCUUUAUGUUUAACUAUAUAUAUGGCUUCAAGGUCAGCGUCAGCCCCCAAAGGACAUUAAAAAUGG